UUACAAUCGCCAAAAUGUCAGCCUUCUAUACAACUGAAAAUUCAACAAUGUUUUGAAAUGAAAGAGAUCAUGAUGGUCAACAGAUAACAGAUGUCCAGUAGAAAUCAAGGAAGUAAACUAGAUGCAAUGGCAUACAUCAUUUGCCAGAUUCCUGGUAUCAUCUUUUUCUACUUCAGAACAAACAAAUUAGUACGCUUCAUCAUUUUAGUCUUCCUUCUUGUGUUUUAUUGUGAAUUUCUACAUUAUUAUUUUGUGUUGCUGAUGUGUAAAUGGCCAACGUUACCUCAUCAACAAGCGGAAGGAACUAUAGGAGGGAUGAAAUCACCACCAUUGAAAGCUAUGAUACUUGCCGAUACACAUAUUUUAGGAUGGAGAGAAGGUCAUUGGCUAGAUAGAAUAAGAAGAGAAUGGAUGAUGGAGAAAUCUUUCCAGGCCUCUAUGACCAUCCACAAUCCACAGGUGGUUUUUCUUCUAGGUGAUUUGUUAGAUGAAGGCAAAUGGUGCUCUAGUAAAGAAUUCAACUUUCAUGUAAAAAGAUUUAAAAAGAUGUUUAAAGUUCCAUCAGGGACUGAUGUAUACACAGUGGCAGGGAAUCAUGAUAUUGGAUUUCAUUAUAUGAUCUCAGAUUUCAACAGAAGAAGAUUUGAUAAAGCAUUUUCUACCUCUCCUGUACAAAUGGUUCAUAAAGAUGGUGUAACGUUUGUUUUACUGAACAGUAUGGCUAUGGAAGGGGAUGGUUGUAAUCUUUGUAGUCAGGCUAUUAAUGAUUUAGAAGAUAUAUCAUGGGAAUUAAAAUGUGCAAAGGGUAUAUCUGAAGGUAAAGAAAUGCCAGCAGUCUGUGAUGGUUUUAAUAAAUUUAAGUACUCACAGCCAAUAUUAUUACAGCAUUUUCCCAUGUACCGUCCAUCAGAUGCAAAUUGUACAGUACCCGAUGCAGCUCCACUUGAUGAAAAAUAUAUUCCAUUUAGAGAGAAGUGGGAUUGCUUAUCUCAGGAAGCUUCAAAACAGUUAUUUGAAUGGAUAAAUCCACGUCUGAUUAUAAGUGGACAUACCCACCAUGGUUGUUAUGUUUUACACAAUGAAGUUACUCCUGAGUGGACUGUUUCAUCAUUCAGUUGGAGAAAUAAGAAAAACCCAUCAUUUUUAUUAGCUGUGAUAACAGAGAAAAACUUUGAAGUUAGUCAGUGCUUUUUACCAAAUGAAUACACGAUAUUUUCUUUAUACAUCACUGGUAUUCUUAUAAUUUUGAUCUCACUACUGUUUCCACGACGACAACCAGCUGUGAUAUAUAAUGAUGAUACAAAGCUUCAUUGAUACCGUUAAAGACACAAGAAUAAUUCAUGAGGUCACGAUACAUUCCAUUCAUAAACAUAAACCAAUGUCAAAACAUCUACACAAGAAUCCCUUUUGUCAUUUACAUAUAUUUUUUUAAGCCCAUCAUAAGUUAACAGAAUAACUACCAGUUACUAGUACUUAAUGUCAAAGGUUAAGUUAAUCUAUAUUGCUGGAUUACCACACUGUAAGUUUGUUUUAUUAAUGGAAUUAUCAGAAUAAUGAUGAAAUUAUAAUUUCUGCUAGGUAUGAAAUUAAAAAUAAGUGAAAUAAUGAUUUAUGAUAAAUGACUACGGUCUUUAAAUAAACUUGAUAAACAAUGGAAACCUAGUAUGGAUAUUCCUUGAUUUACAAGUUGUUGUUUAGAGUUACAGUCACUAUGGCAUGAAAUCAUGAUGUGUCCGUAUUGGUUUUGUAUCCAGUUUGAAUAAACAAUUUGUGUGCAGAUCAAAAGGAAAAUUAUUUACCUUGCUAUUUUUGUUCUCAACUGGAGGUGACACACUAAGUUUGUUUAAAACUUUUACCCAGGAAUCGGAUUCUGGAUUUAAAUUAGAUAGGACAUUUUCAAAGUUUCAAUAAACAAACUAUUUGUUUGUGUUAUAACAGAGUUGAGUUAAAAGGAUAAAAAAAAAAAGUCAGAAUUUUAAAUGCAUAAAACUAAUAUUAGGUAAGAAAGUGAAUGUCUUCUUCCUUCUAUUGCUAAUCAUUGUAGAAAACCAGUCAAAUAUUAUCUGGUAGGAUACAAACCCUGUUUUUAUUAUUUUAGAUUUGUAAGACAAAGGGAAACAAAUUUGGGAUAGGGCUUGCUUUUUGCUCAAUUUAUAUUUUUGGAAACAAUAUUCUUGGACCAGCACAUUUUUGUUUUUGAUGUUAUGUAUAAUUAUUUAACAGAUUCUUUAAGAUAUGUAUGUUUAGAGUGUUGAUGAUGUUAACAUUUUAUGCAUGCAGUCAUGAUGACCCAGUAAAUCAUAACCUGUACAUGUCAGCAUAUUUUAUUGCCAUCUUUACUUUGUUUAUAUUUUAAUAGGAAAUCUAUACUGUAAAUUUAUAAAUUUAUGGGUUCUUUUAUUAUUGCAAAUGUUGAACAAUUGACAAAAAAAUUAUGAGAUUGAUUAUUACAAUUUCAGGAAAUUCUUUAAAUAAAUAAUACUAUCAAAUUGUAACGGUAUGUUUUUAUUUAUGAGAAACCUAUCCUAUGGCUAUUUUCACAAUAAUUAAAGUUUUGCAAAAGAUUUCUGAAUUUUCAGUACCGUAAUUAAAUUAAAAUAUAUACGUGAAAAUAUUCAUAUUUGUAGUUUCCAAAUUUUAAAGUGUAUUCAAAAUCUGCUCAAAGGAUAGCUUUUGAAUACAUAUUUUCAGGCUUUUUGACAAAUUAAUGAAGAAUCUGUUUCAUUUUUUGAUCAAGAUUAUGAUUUUUACAAUGAACCCAUAAAAAAUUGAACCCCCUAAAAUAACAGCUACUGCCAAAAAUUAAAUCAGGUUUGUAAUAUGAUAGGAAUAAAAUGUGUGCAGAAAAUUCAUUUUCCUCCAAUGAAGAAAAUGCAGUGUUUUUGAUGUGUAUAGAAUCAUUAUCUUUUUUGUUUGUUUCAUAUUAUGCAGAUAAUUUCUAAAAUAAGUGGUUAAAUUCUACCUUUUCGUUGAUUAGUUAUUUGCAUGUUACACAUAUAAAUGUGUGUUUUAUGAUCAUUGUCAUUAUAUUAUAUUUAUUUUUUCAUCGUGAGGAACAUAUUAAGUUGAGAUUGCAUUGUCAAAUGACGUUUUUGAACUUUGUACAGCCAAAAAUAUUCUGCAUUGUUUGCUCAAAUCAUUUAAUUAUCUAUAAAAAGAAUUUUGUUUACUUCAUGUAGAAAUGCAUCAUUUAAAUUAUUUACUAUAAUAUAAGUUGAAUUUUUUAACCUAUCUUUAGCUUCCAAUAUUUAACUAUGACAGAGUUGUAGAGUAAUGCAUACUUGAACAUUAACCAACACAUAUUUAAGGUUUAUAGUACCUAUACCUUGAUUAUAAUAGCUUUUCUAGCUGCAGUGUAUCAUAUGGCAUUUUGCUCCAAAUUAUUUGUCAAGAAUAUUUUUAAAAGGUCAAAGAUUUCAAUUGUAGAACUUUUAGAUAUUUUUAUUUGAAAAUAUGUUUAUAAACAGAAAUUUUCAUUAGUUGUGUGAAGAUUUAUACUGAAACAGUUUUUAUUGAAAUAUAAGUAACCUUGUUAUAGAUAAAAACACAUUUUUUAAGAAAAGCCAUUUCUUUUUUUAUGACCAAUUGACAGUCGUGAAUAGCAAUAUCUCUUUGAAGUAAUUAAAAAAGUAGCCAAAGUUGUGACACAACUAUUGUUCUUAGAAUGUCAAACUGGGUACAUAUCAUAUAUGUUAUCAUUGUGUGAUCUGUAAUUUUCACAAUACAUAUUUUUAUAUAUAUUUCAUUUUAUCAGGUUUCAGUACAUUCUCCACAGAACAAUUUAUAUGUUUUUUGUUCAGAAAUAUACAUAAUGAUUUGCAAAUUAUAUUAAACUUAUAUGAUGAAAAUAGCAAUUUAAAAUUUGGUGCUUAUGUAGCACUUUUAUGGAUUAAAACAGGAAGAUGCAAAUUGUCAGUAUUUUUAUAUUUGCUCAUCAGAUUAACUGAUUUAUUGUAUUUUCUUUAACAUAACAGCUGAUUAAGUUUCUAACAUAUGUGUACAAAUAAUGACAAGUAUAAUGGAACAUUGAAUGAAAAGGAUUUUACUAUGAACUUGCAUGUAUUAAUGCUUAACCUGGGCUCUCGGUCAUAAAACUUUACUCAGUACUCGGAGUACAAAAUUUGUGCUCGAAACACCAAAUCCAGGAUUUUGAUUGGUUAAUUUCUGAGUCUGAGUACGAAAAUCGUGCUCAAACUUUUUAUGACCGCAAGGCCUGAUGUUUCUCAGAUAUAAUCUAGUUUAAAUACAGAUCCUGUGUCCAAGUGCCCAUUAGACGUUCACGUUUUGUUUUGAUGACUUUUUAAGAUCUUCAAAAUUUUGAAGGGGUUAUAUCAUUGGUUGAUGCAAUUAUUAUCAAAACAGAUAAUAGAAUGCAGUAUUCUGUAGUCAGAUUCCUGAAUGAAGUAUAGUCGGAUCCCUGAAUGGAGUAUAGUCAGAUCCCGGAAUGGAGUAUAGUUGGAUCCCUGAAUAGAGUAUAGUCAGAUCUUAAGAGAUAGAUGGACACAUGAUUUGUAUUAUAAAACCUAAAUAUCUCAAAUAUGGUUAAAUAUAAUUAAAUCAUAGUUAUUCCUAUUUCAUAUGAUAAGGUUGUAGGGUCAUUUGUCGUCAUUGCUUUGAACAGUUUUUUUUUACCUCAACAGUGACUUCAAGUUGUAUCUAUAUUAGGGGAGCUGCUAAGUAACCUUCCAAAGAUCUACAAAUUUAUCCAUUUUACUUACCAAAUGAAAUAAAUGAACAUUGUUCUUUAUAUACAUGUAUUAUAAUUAUUAGGCUAUUUCAAAAAAUGACUCUUGAAACCAACCAAUAUUAUAUCUUCAUAUUGUGAUUGUUAUCAAUAACAAAAUGACUGAUUAAUACUUUCUUCCAUUUCAUCUGCACAUUUAUGGAUUUAAAAAAAAAAGAUUGAUAAUAUACAAUCGUAGCCUUUGUAUAAGGUCGAUACAAGCAUAUAAUGACCUAAAAGAAGUAUAUCUACUGAGGGCAAAUUCUGAGGUUGAUAUAUUCUCAAAUGGACCUCAUCCAAAAGCUACAAUUGUUGUCAAUAUGCCACAAAUAGAACUGAAAUUCAUUUGAGUGGUUGUAUGAUUGCAUCACAAAGUAUUGAGGUUUUAGAUUUCUAUUUUUAGAUAUUUAAAAAAUAACUGCAAUAUCACUUUUUCUAACCACUGUUUUCAGUCUACCCUUGAAAGUACAGUUGAACAUAUGAUGCCUAUAAACGAAUCAAAUUAAUUAGAAUAUACUAAAAAAUACUAUUAUAAUUAUACAUUGAAAUGAAUUGCAUUAUGUCAUUUUACUGUUUACAAUGCAUUUGAAAUAGAUAACAAGUUGUUAAUGUUUUUGCUGAAUCAUUCUUAAUAAAAAUACAAGCAAAGUACCCACAUAUACAUUUGUUUUAUUCACGUUAUAUAUUUUUCUGAAAAUGAGGUGAAGUUUGUAAAUUUUGCUCAUUGUUUUAAUAUGAAUUUGAAUAUAUUGUAAAAUUCACUCUGUAGGGAAGAGGCAAUAUUCUUAAAUGAUUUGUUGUUUAUAAUUUUAUAUUGAAUGUUAUAUUUUACAUCAAUAAAACGUAAGAAUAUU